CCACCUGAGGAAUCGAAAGCAAUACAGGUUGGUUAACAGCAAUUUCGUCCAGGUAACGAACAAGGUGUUUGGUUUAUGGGCUUGACGAGAAGGUAGGGAGCAUGGUCUGAGUGAAUGGCUUUCUCAUCGGAUCCGUAGAUCUUCAGUAUUCCUGGUUCCAGGCGGACUGAUGGACGGUCUCUUCUUGCGUGCUAUUUGCUACAUCGGCCGGAUCGGUCAAAUCGAUGUUUGAUCAUUAUUAAAACACUUGUGUCAGGGCGAGGAAAAAGUUAGUGCUUGAACGACCGGAACGUUGCUUGACAAUCAAUCAUGAACACAGCAACGAUCUUGAUGGUCCUCGCGCUCGGAUUAGCCAACGGUCAAUUGAACUUCGAGGGUAAUCCACUAACGGAGAACACCGAGUACGCAGCCGUGGAGUCACGAUUCACUGAGAAAACUGCAAGACGACAGGAAACCGCAGCAAACGUGACUAACAAUUCUACGGAAUCUUCUCAAAACUUUCAACUAUUAUUGCCAGACACUAAAAACUCAUCCCAGUCUAGGAAUCCGAUCAUAAGUCUAACCGAGGAUGGCCCAGUGGACCAAGAAGAUUCAUCACAUAUCGUGAAACAACGGAAGAUCGGUCAAACUGGUCGAUAUCUAUCUACAAACACCUAUACUCAAGGAACCAACUUUGGCAAUCGUUCUGAAUUAGCCUUGAACAGUUUCCUAAACUCGAAGACGCCAGAAGAAUCACGCCUGUCUCUGGACUAUUAUUUACAAAGCCGGGAAACUCCUCAAAAUAUUCAACCAACGAUCGUCAAUCAACAGCAAUUAACGCAACAGCCAGUAGCACGUGUUGAUCAACAACCCGUGUCUUCCCCGGUAAACCAACAGUUGACUGCGCAACUCAUGCAACAAAGACACGUAUUACAGGCUCUUCCAGUUAAUCAACCGGCCUAUAGUGCCCCUAUGAAUCCGAUGGAUCUUCAAUCGAGUGUGUUAAAUCCAGCAGCUAUACCUGUAAUGCAACAACAGCAAGCAUUAGAACCAUAUAUGACUGGAAUUCAAGCGAGGAAAGAUGCCUUCUAUCCUGGAUGGUAUCAACGUGUAAGAAGAGUGCGUGGAAAACCGUUUCCUUAUGUACAAUCCAGGGGAGGACCAGGAUUCUAUGGUGGUCCUGUUCCUCCAGCAGUGCCGUUGAAGCAGAAGGGCCCACCUGUUGAAGUGAUCUACACGAAGCCAGGAUUUCAACGUGGACCACCUCCCAUUAGCAAUCCUCCUGUCCCAUACGAAGAUGCUAGUGCUUGGUUCCCCGAAGCGGAUCAUCCACCACCCAACAAAGACGUUUACUAUUCUCAGUUAUAUGCUCAAUCCUAUGAUCCCUAUUAUUACAACUACAUUGCCAAAACGGGAAAAAUAAAACCACAUCUGUAUGGAAAAUUCGGUAAGCAUCACGAGGAGGAAGGAGACGGUAUCUGGGCGGAGUUAUAUCGGGGAUUCAAGAAGCAUGGUCUCAAGAAUAUCAUGACGCCAACGUUUCUUCUGGGAAUGACUCUUCCCGUGGUCACCCUGAUGCUUACGGCCCUUGUACAGAAGAGGUCUCUAGCCAGGUCAGACUCAAGGGAAUUGUCAAUGGAGAAUACGAUCCAGGAUUAUCUGGAACAGAUUCAGAGAGCUGUUGAAUGUUACGAGAAGAAAAGGAGGAAGAGGGACGCAAACAUAGAUGGAUGUUAGAGUCACAGUUACAACUAAUCUCAUAAUUUAUUGAACGUGAGUACCGAACGGCUAAUCGAUGAAAUGGAAAGCAUGUUCUAAAGCUUUGUAUAUAUUUCGUGUACCAUAAUAACGAUGAGAGGAACGUUCGCAGAAUUCAAUAGAACCGAGAGUGCUUUCUCUUAGAAAUGAUUCAUUGUCGCAAUCAGUGGUUCAUUGCGUGUGAAUAAUCGCCUUGAAUCGCGGUAGAUCACCGAGAUAUAUUGAUGAGAGAAGGUGACAGUGAAACGUUUCUUGCGACGAGAGUGGCUGACGUGAGAAGCGAACUUUCACGGGUCAAUUACCUACGACCCUGUUCACAUCCACGUGCUCGUGGGUGUACAACUCGUGGAUCGUAUGAUUAAUUACCGAUGGCAUCGAGUUACUUUUACUUUCCUAAUAAGUUAUUCAACCAAACGAAUUAGUUGUAGCGGUUUAACUUAUAAGCAAUGUGAUUGGGAAAUACAAAAUACGUCGAAACCCUAUUAUAGUCUGUUU